AAUCCGAGAAAUAUGGCGACCGCGGCACUCGGCGGCCGUGCACUAUUUAUCGGCCGCCAGUAAAUAUCAGCAACUGCCCACUUUUUAUUGCCGCCCGCAGAGUUAUGUCCCCUGUUGUGUACAUAUUUAAUCCUUAUUAAGUAAGCGAGCUCGACGCUGUUUUGGUGGCAAGGUGAAGCAUGUAGACGAAGUACGUAUAUUCCAGCAAAUGUGACUUUGAUGGAUGGAAGCAGCGUCGCAUAGGGAGCGCAACAGAGCGAGAUGGGACACCAAAACAACGGUAAAGCAGACCUGGUCACCAAGAUCAGGGCGAAGGUCGCCGCUGCCGACCCCAAGAAGGCUAGGGAACUGGGGGGCGUCCACCUUUUCAACAUCAUCAAAGGGACCAACGUGUAUAGUUGGACGUUAGACCUCAACAACGUGAAAGUCUUCGAAGGGGAACCAGAAGACGACCCUGACUGCACCUUCACCCUUAGCGAGCAGGUCUUCAAGCAGCUGGUCCAGGGACGGGAGGACGCCAGAACCGUCAUGCAAGCUGGACGGUGCUCUGUCACCGGAGACAUCAUGAGAGCGAUGAAACUUGAACCCUAUAUCAAGAUUGAUUAGCCGAGAAUCCAAAAAGAAAGAAAAAAAAUAGCCUAUGCUUGUGCAUCACAAAAAAUCUUUCAACUAAAAAUGGUUACAAUUUUUUUUUUAAUAAGAAUGCUUUCUGGCCGGCAUGCGGCAGUUCAAAAAUGUUUUAUUCUUUUUUUUAUUCGCACUGCCUGGCAUAAAGUUGCUAAAUUAAAAAUCAUUAAGAACGUUCUAAUAUUUUAGAUAGGUAAAUCUUACUUUCUCGAUUAAAACGAAUAAAGUUUAUUGUUUUAACUUUGAGACAACCUUAGUGUCAACUUGUCAUGUGUUUCUUGAUGUAAGUAAGUAGGCGCUUAACAAGACAAAUGAACUUGGUAAAAUUUAAUUUCUUAAAAUUAAAUUAUAUAGUUAAUACUACUAAAGUUAAUUGCAUUUGACACGCUAAAUUUAUGAAAUUUCUUGUAUGUAAUAUGUAAUCAUGAUAGUUUUCAUAAAUUUGUCCGUUAUCAAAAUUACUUUCACUUGUCUAUUUUAUAAAACAAAGUUUUUUCUUCUUUAUUUCUUCGUUCCGUGGUGUUUUAUUCUUGGAAAUGUGAGAAAUAGGGUUAUAUAGUUUUGUAUGACCGUAACAUCUAUUCUAUGUAAUAUUAUAUAAUGUUAAGUAAAUUAUUAAUGACGUGAUAAGCCGGAAAUGUAGGGCAGGCAACCAGUUGGGUAACUUUGAGAAGUUUCGUUUCUCUUUAUUUUUAUCUGAUUAUUCCGCUUUGCUUAUUUGUUAAUUAGUUGUGUAUUAAGUAGAUAGGUAUUUAAAUGUAAUAUUAUUGUUUUUAUGUAAUAAAAAUGUUUUUUUAAAGAUA